AGUUGCAUGACUCCGCCCGUAGAUGGCGUUCACUUCGCUCUCUUCCCAUCGCUACUUGAUACUAUGGAUUCUGUUGAAUUCUGCCAUAUUCUACAUCACCUACCAAAAGUAUCUUCAACCUCAGUAUUUUCAUCUUCAGUCAAUGCUCGGGAGAGGCCUCUGCAUCUCCCGGGCUUCAGCCACAGUCAUCAAUCUCAACUCAGCCCUCGUGCUGCUCCCUGUCUGCCGAGGGCUCAACUCACUGCUUUACCGCUUACUGAGCAGAGUCUCCAGAACUCUCCUUGCACUCUGGCUCGCUCGCCUCAAGUCAAUCCACAUCACACUAGCUCUGACCAUUGUGGUUGCAGCAGUGGUCCAUUCUGCAGCUCACUUUGUAAAUUCAGCGAACUUCUCUCAACAUUACGAUGCUCAUCACCCUGAGAUAAACUGGGCGAAGUACAAGGGACAAAGUCCUGUUGUCCUGAUCCUCAGUUCCUCUGUGGGUCUGACAGGUGUUGGGAUGUUACUCAUUCUCCUCUUACUGCUCAUUCUGUCUCUCAGCUGUGUUAGAGAGAGAUACUACGACAUUUUCUGGGCCACUCACUUCCUUUUCCUGCCUUUCAUGAUCUGCCUCAUCCUCCAUCCCCUCAGUGGGGUUUUGAAAGAACAAAGUAACUAUCCUCAUAACUUGCUAGAAUGUGAUGAAGCUUCCAGUAACAUGACCAUCAGUGAGACUUGCCAUGCAAACCCCACCUUUACCUCAAUGGAAUGCCAGGGCUGGUUGUGGGUGGUAGCAGCUCUAGGGAUAUCCCUGAGUGACUGUCUGCUGAGGUCAUGUCGUCGCAACUACUCAGUCUACCAGGUGACUCAAGCUGUAGACAUGUCAGGAGGUGUCACUCACCUCACUCUUAGAACCGACCACACUGUGCGUCUCAACCCUGGCCAGUAUGUUCUGCUUCAAUGUCCUAGGCUGUCCUCGCUGGAAUGGCACCCAUUUACUGUUACCUCAGUUUCCUGUUCGACUAGUCACACCUACAUCAGUCUGCUUAUCCGAAGGAGAGGAGAUUGGACUAAAGCAGUUUGUAGACUACUGAGCAAGGCUGGCCGAGAUAACAUUCUACCUCACUCUGUUGCCCUUCCAAGGAUUCUAGUUGAUGGUCCAUUCUGCAGCCCUCUGGAAAAUGUGGUCAAAGCCCGACUAGCAAUCUGCAUUGCUGCAGGGAUAGGGAUCACUCCAUUUAUUGCUGUUCUUCACCAUUUGUAUAAAAGUGACAGUGUGAGAUGGGGUCAAGAGAGACCACAUCAUCUGCACUUGCUCUGGGUAGUGAGGAGUCAAGAUCAGCUGACUUGGACAGCAGACUUGAUAACUCACCUCCAUCACAAGUGUUGGUCCAGUAACUACCCUGACAAGUUUGACUUUUCCUUGUACAUAACUAAAGGAAAUACACAUCAGGGUUCUCUUUCACUCUCAAAUUUGAUUCAAAAGAGAACAUAUUUUGGUCGUCCAAACUGGAGGAAUCUAUUUUCAGAGUGGGCUCUUCUAUACCACAAGAAGGAGGUGUCAGUUUUCACUUGUGGGCCUUCCUCACUGCAUAGACAAGUCAAGUCUGCAGCACUCAAGUUCAACAGCAAGGGAACUCGCUUUAAUUGUGUUCAAGAAUCAUUUUCCUAAAAUUUCCCACAUGAUUCAACCAAGCCAGUAUUAUUAUUCUGUAAAUAUAUCUUAGUGUUGUAAGAUUCAUAUCCUAGAUGCGUUUAUUAGAUAUCUGUGAUAAGUUGUGGGUUCAAAGUUCUGUUGAACUUGUGCCAUUUAUCCCUGUAAUAUUGUAACGUGUGUGUGUAGGUAGAUAAAUUUAAUAUGAAAUAAAAUUGUAAAACAAAAGAGCCAGGGAUAGUA